AUCUACUGAUCCAGAAAUAGAUUCUGCAGUAACUACCGCGACAGUUUCAGGACCUUUCAUCACCAACCAAAUAAUAACAACAGUGAAAGCUGACGGAUCAACUGAUGCAGUUCCAGAACUUACCAUCACAAAUCAAAUAACAACAAUGAAAGCUGACGUAUCCACUUUUGCAGCAGUGUCAUGUCAAGUCAUACCAUGCCAAAAUCAUGGCGACUGUAUCAACGAUAAAUGUCAAUGUAAACCGAACUAUGCUGGAGAUUAUUGUCAGAAGGCGUAUUCACUCAGUGGAUGUUACCUUAUUUCUUUCGCCUUUGAAAAGAACCUUGCCCUUGUUACUCCACUGGCUUGUGUGGAAGAAUGUAUCGGAAUGACAUUUGGUUACGCUGGACUUGAGGGUGGAAAUAAGUGUUUCUGUGGAACCACUAUAUCUGGCGGAAUUCAGGCAUCAUCAUGUAACAUCGACUGUAAUGGAGAUAGUGCUUAUAAAUGUGGAGGAGCAUUGGAAAUGUCUGUAUACCAUAUAGUAUGAACACAAAUUAAUGAAUAUAAUAUGUAGCUAUAUUUAUUCACAUCAAUUUGAAUACGAACAUGUACUUGUAAUAUCGAUUAUUGUAUUGAUAUAAGUUUUCAUCGAAGUUAUAUAUGAACUUCAUGGUAUAUUACUAGUAUGACGCUUUUAUGAAAUAUGAAUGACAUCAAUAGUAUAUCUGUGUUAAUUAUAUUUCCAUUACACAUUUGUAAUUAUCGCGCUUUGGACGAUAGAUGACUAAAUGCUGAAGAUUCCUCCUCACUACUGUAGUUUUUUAAAUUCUAUUUUCAUUUAUGUUCAUAAACUCAUCAUAAAUACCAGAUUUAAACAUUUUGUACGGCCGACGCGCGUUUUGUCUAAAAAAGACUCAUCAGUUACGCUCGUAUCAAAAAAGUUUAAAAGGCCAAACAAAGUACGAAGUUAAAGAGCAUUGAGAACCCAAAAUUCCGAAAGGUUUGCCAAGUACAGCUUGGUAAUCUAUUACUGGAGUAGAAAAUCCUCAGUAUUUCGAAAAACUCAAAGUUUUGUAAACAUCUUAUUUUUAAUUAUGACGAUAUCAAUCAAAGGGGCUGACUACAGGGCUGGUGAUACCCUCGUGGAGGAAACCUCCACCAAUAGUGGCAUCGACCCAAUGGUUGCAAAUAAACUCACCAAAGAUACCAGGCUAAACAUUUUUGGAUGCAACUCGCGCGUUUCGUCUUCAAAAGACUCACCAAUGACGCUUGGAGUUACGUUUACUUUAUUUUAUAUGGCAACCCAUCAUUGAGUAUUUCGGCAUUGAAUUAUUCGGCAACUUUCUGUUUCGUAUUCACU